CUCCUCCAUAGCUAUGUCCGCCCUCAGGUUAUUUGACAUUGAAAUUUGAAUUGGUGUUUGUUUUCGUGUGAGCAAAUAAUAGAUGUGAUAGCGUAAUUUAUUAAGUUUAAACCCAUUUUUAAUGCACCAUUAUUUUGUAUUUGUGACUAUUUUAUACUAAUGUAACUGCCAAUAUGUUUUUAUGAGUCAUUAUAUUGAAAACUCUAGUGAAUGACGUAAAUCUGAAAUGGAGAAUAGCAUCAUUACAAGAACUCCUUUGAAAGAUCUCAACACUGGAAGAAAUAUUUCUUCUACACAAAGAAAAGAAUGCAUGGAAACAAAAAGGAAAAGGAAAAAAACAAAAAAAUUAUCUAAUGAUCAUACUGUCCAAGGAACUCUGUUGAAUUAUCUCACUAUUGGCAAUUCAUCCAAACAAAUUUUGAAUGAAACAAAAAAGGAUGAGAGCCAGGUUGUUGAGGAAAAGGAAAGUCUUGAUGAUUCUAAGUUGACUUCUGAUUACAAUGAAUCAUUAAAAAAUACCAUGUUUAGGGUCAAUAGAUUUUUCAUGGAGGAUCUUAAAUGCCCUGAAUUUUCUCCUUUUAGUCAAAUUAGCUAUUCAUGCUCAUCAGCUAGCUCUUGUGAGUAUGAAAACCAUAAGAUAAUUGCUGAACAAAUCAGUGAAACACAAGAAAAAGCUCUUACUUUCUUAGCAAAAAGUUGGUAUGUUCUUAAAUACCCUUUGACGUGCCUUAUUAAUGAGAGGACAUAUCUCAGUCCUUUUGUUCUAAGAUUUCUUUUUUAUGGCAUUGUGGAUGAAAAAGAUGAGAGUAUUUGCCUGAGGAUUAAAGAUAUUAUAAAAGGUCAUUUAAAACUACAUCCACCUUGUAACAAGAGACUACGAAAUUUGUACUGUAGUACUCUUGUGGGAGAAAUAGAUAAUGUGGAUCCAUCCAAUCCAGAAAUUGUGACCUGUAAUUUUAAGAAUAUUUUGAAAUGCAUCGAUAAAACGAUCAAAGAUAUAAAUAAUAAACCGGAUGAUGACGGUGUUGAUGAUGUAGUAAAAGAAGAUGUCGUUGUAAAUAAGAGUUUUGAAAUCCCCGAGAAUAUUGAUGACUUCUAUCAGUUUUUUUCUGAUAAUUAUAAGAAAACUGGUAAUAUUUUACCAACAGCUUUAAUUUCAUCUAAUAAAGAUUUUGAAGAAGAUAAAGAUAAUAUUGAUUCCAGAGCUAUACUCAAAAGGUUAUUUUUUGUAUUUAGCUUAAUGGUUGACAUCUUAGAGGAAAACUUCAGGAUGUGGUGGAUGAGGUCAAGAUAUUGUUUGCGAAACAAACUACGCAGUGAAUCAUCUUUCCCUAUUAUUGUUAAGAUUGUCUGUGAAGAUAUCAAAGAUCGUAAUUCACUAAAUGAGCAUUGUAUUGAAGUAUUUGAUCUCUUCAGUUCUUGUCCUAAGGAAUAUAAGUUUGAAAUAGCUAGAUACAUCACAUUAUUAAGUGAAGUUGUAAGAGCAAGUGAAGAAAAUAAAGAAAUGAAAUUUCCAUCUUUUGGUAUACAUUGUAAUAGAUUUGCUAAAGAACUCUCGGCCUUUGUGAAAAUGACAAAUGUGAUAAAUGAAGAUACUGUAUCUAACAUCCAACUGAUUUAUCCUUAUUGGCUAAAAUUCAAAGUUAUUGGUUUUAUUUUGAAGAGUGAGUUGACAUCGAAUGGGAUUGAUGAUCUUAAUUCUGUUGUAAAAAUAAUUAUGAGAAAUCUUUCUUUGAGACCUAAAACAGUGUUAAACAAGGGUAAUCAGAGAGGAAUUUCAAAGAAAAAUUUAAAUCCUAAAAACAAUAAAUGUGAUACUUCAGGGGAAACUGUCAUUCACAAAUACUGUAGAAUGAACAAUCAUAAAGCUCUGAGUGUUGCAUUAAGAAGCAAAGAUGUCAAUGUAAAUAUUGCUGAUAAUGCAGGUUGGACACCCUUACAUAAUACUGCACAUUAUAAUUCUAUCGAUUGCCUCAAAUUACUUGUCAAGCAUAGAUUAACUGCUCCAGCAGGAGCUGAAGAACUAAAUAUAUUUUCUCUUAAUAGUGAUAAUGAUACUCCUCUGUCAUGUGCUGUAAAACAAGGGAAUGAAAAAAUUGUUGACAUUUUAUUGAGUAAUGGAGCUGGUGUCACUGUAUGGAACACAGUGUCUUCAGACUGUUCAGCUGUUCAGCUUGCUAAGACCAAGCAGAUGGAGGAAGUACUGAUCAAAGGUUGGGAAACAUCUACUUCAUUAUACAGAAAUUUAAACCUGACUCCUCUAGAAAUAGAUUUAAUAUAUCAUAUGAUUAUAUCAUAUUGUAAACUAUACCAUGUUAGAGAAUACCCUGUCACUCUAGAUCCUAAGUUGUGUAAACCUGACUCCCACUAUAAUUUUGAUUAUAUACAGUAUUGUAAGGAUGAAAACACUCUUCUGACACUUCAUGAGCUAGUUGAAAAAUUGAGUACCUGUCGUUCAAAUCCAAAGAAUUUGAAAAUGAUUUUAUUUUAUUUAAAAUGUAAAAUUAAGUAAUUUAAUUGUAAGCUUAUAUAUUAAGUAAAAAAGAGUAAGCUAUUUUAAAACAUAUUUAAUGAGCAUGUAAGUUAAUAAUAGCUGCGAUUUUCUUAUUUGUUGUAUUGUUGUUGUUUUUUAUAUUCUGUUGUUAUUCACAAAUAUGGUCACUAUAUUUUUAACUUGAAUUAUUGUUUGUUAUAUUUAUUUAAAAAUGUUUUCAUCGUGACCCUAAUAAAGAUUUGAAAAUUUUCACUUUUAAGAUAGUUAUUCAUGUCAUUUUAUCCAUAUUUAGAAUAAAUUAAUGUAAUAUACAAAU